GCCGUUUAUCCGUCAUCUUUUGAAGUCAUACAUUAGCAUCAACAGCAAUAAGCGACAACAAAGGGGCUGCAGCUGCUGCUAGCACUGCGCUACAACUGUUGUUUAUUUUUUAAAUUUAUUUAUUUUUACUCUAAGCGAACAUAUAGUAUUAAUUAGCCUGACAUGACAGGAAUGGCUUCUCCAGAGAAGGCGUCAACCACCAAGAAAAAGGGCGACAGAAAGGGUGCCAACAAAGAGGAGUACAGGCAGCUGUCCAGCAUUAUGGGAGUGAUGAACAACUUGAGAAAACAGGGUACACUCUGUGAUGUGACCCUGGUGGUUCAGGGGAAACACUUCUCAGCCCACAGAGUAGUUCUAGCUGCUGCCAGCCACUUCUUCAGCCUCAUGUUCACCACCAGAAUGAUGGAGUCAAUGUCCCAUGAAGUGGAGCUCAGGAGUGCCGAGCCUGAGAUCAUUGAGUUGUUAAUUGAAUUCAUUUACACAGCACGAAUCUCAGUGAACAGCAGUAAUGUCCUGUCGUUGCUGGAUGCAGCCAACCAGUACCAGAUUGAGCCUGUGAAGAAGAUGUGUGUGGAGUUUCUUAAAGGACAGGUUGAUGCAACAAACUGCCUCGGUAUUUCAUCCCUUGCAGACUGUAUGGACUGUCCAGAGCUGAAGGCGGCAGCAGAGGACUUUGUCCAGCUCCACUUCACUGAAGUCUACAAACUGGAUGAAUUCCUGCAACUGGACGUUACGCAGCUCACUCGCAUACUGCACCAGGACAAACUCACCGUCCGUGCUGAGGCCCAGAUCUACGAUGCUGCCGUGCGCUGGUUGAAGUACGAUGUGUGUAACAGACAGCAGUACAUGGUGGAGGUGUUGGGGUGCGUUCGCUUUCCUCUGGUCUCCAAAACCUUCCUCUCAAAGACUGUGCAGGCUGAGCCUCUCAUCCAGGACAACCCAGAGUGCCUCAAGAUGGUUAUCGGUGGGAUGCGCUACCACCUGCUGUCCCUGGAGGAUCGGGAGGACCUUGGAGAGAGCAGCCGACCGCGACGCAAGAAGCACGACUACCGCAUUGCUCUGUUUGGAGGCUCACAGCCUCAGUCCUGUCGCUACUUCAACCCCAAGGAUUCCAGCUGGACAGACAUUCGCUGCCCCUUUGAAAAGCGCCGGGACGCCACGGCCGUCUUUUGGGACAAUGUGGUCUACAUCUUGGGUGGCUCGCAGCUCUUCCCCAUCAAGCGCAUGGACUGCUACAACGUUCUGAAAGACAGCUGGUACUCUAAGCUUGGUCCGCCCACACCUCGCGACAGCCUGGCUGCCUGCGCUUCCCAGGGCAAGAUCUACACAUCUGGGGGGUCGGAAGUGGGUAGCUCAGCCCUGGACCUUUUCGAAUGCUAUGACACAAGGACAGAGUCAUGGCAGGUCAAAACCAGCAUGCUGAUGGCCCGCUUCAGCCACGGCUCAGUGGAGGCCAACGGGCUCAUUUACGUUUGUGGAGGAACGGUGGGCAACAACAUCUCUGGGAGGGUCCUCAACAACUGUGAGGUCUAUGAUCCCAACACACAACAAUGGAGGGAGCUGUGUGGGAUGAGAGAGGCCAGGAAGAACCACGGGUUGGUGGUUGUCAACAACAGGAUCUAUGCUGUUGGAGGGCAGGGGGCACUGGGUGGGCUGGAUUCAGUGGAAUACUAUGACAUUGCUACUAAUGAGUGGUGCGUCGCGUCGCCGAUGCCAUGGCGAGGCAUAACGGUGAAGUGUGCAGCGGUCGGAGAUGUCAUCUACGUGCUGGCAGGGUUUCAAGGGGUGGGGCGGCUCGGACACGUCUUAGAGUAUUACACGGAAACUGACAGGUGGGUGACGUGCAGCAAAGUGCGAGCUUUUCCCGUCACCAGCUGCCUGAUCUGCGUCGUCGACACAUGCGGAGUCAACGAAGACGAAGACAUGGAGCUCAUAGACUCUCAGCCACACGCUGCGUCCGCUGCCUCUUCAUCCGCCUCGACCUCAUCGUCCUCAUAGGACAAGAGACAGAUUUUAUAUACAUGUUUAUAGAUUAAGUUGUGAUGUUUUGUUGACAGUCCUGACCGUGAGCUGGUUUAUGCUCUGUAACUUUGUGCUGUGCCUUUAAGGAUAAACGUUUUAUUCUCAGCUAUAUGUGGUUACAAGUAAAACAAAAAUAUAGCAGAAUAA